AUGCACUAUGCCGCUUCUUUGCAUGAUGAAAAGAGAUUGACCAUCCAAAGUAUAAUGCUUUGCAGAUCAAAGCCUCAUUAUCUAUCAUUUCAGUGAAUAAAACUAUCCAAUUCUCAGAUACAACAAUUUAUCGCGAAAAGAAUUCUCAAGGACAUACCAAAAUGAGUAUAACCCAUGAUCUGUUUUAGAUCCCCUAGGCUAUACGUUGCCGCCUCAACCUGUGCGAUUGACAAUGAAAAAUAUAGUGGUAAUUGCCACUUGUGGGGCUGACUUAGAAACUGAUGUUGCCUGAGCACCCCGCAGGUUGAGGCGGCGAUAGUAACCAAAGCAGUCCCUGGGCUAUAUCUGCAAUUUCUGUUGAAAAUUCUUAUAUAAAUUUUAUUUCAUUAAACAACUGCUAUGACGCAUGCUUAAUAUUUAAAGAACUUUUAAAGGAUAAUGAAAAAAGUCUUUUAGAUAUUCUUUACGAAAUAGUGAUGAUGUCAAAGUACUACAGCUAGUUAGAUUGUAGGUAAGCUCCCUGUCGGGAUCCGAGGAUCUUUAUUCCAUUCCAUAACGCUCUACUCGUCUGCUUAGCCGAAAAUCUUAACACGAUCUUCAAAGUCUUCCUUCUACCAGGCAUGGGCCUACACACUUCUCUCUGGUAGUCAGAAAGUUUGAGUCGCCCAUGCAUACACCAGCAGGGUUGUACACUAUUGAAAAUUCAAAAGGGUAGAAUUUCUGGUCGACUCUCGGCUAAGAUAGAUAUCUUAGCCUCGGGAAUAAUUCUUGGUUUCACAGUGGGGAAUAGUCCUAAUUAAUCAAGAUGAAUGAGAUUGACACUAAUGAGAUAUCCCUUUCAAACUUUGGGAUCCAUCUCCCUCUGAGGUAAAAGCUUGGCAUUGGAGUAAAGCCUUCAGUCAACUGGUAUUGCGCUUCACCAAACCAAAAAAAAACUAACUGGAUACACAUAUCGAACGCCAAGCUCCCUUUCUCAAGGUUUCCGGCACCCUUUCGGAUGUCGGCUACAGGCAUUAAGAGGGUAGAUUGAUUCCAACGCUAUUUAAUGUAUGAUGAUGUCAAAAAAAUCAGACAAAAUUAAUAUUGCCUCAUCCAACGCUAUAACUCUUUUGAACCAUUCUGGAUACCAGUUUAUUAACAAGAAUAUGGCAAACAUUAAGAUUCCUAAUGCAGACUUAUCAGGAUCAUUCUUUUUCCACUCUGAUCUGCAAAACUCCAAUGUUCAAGGAGUAAACUUUUCCCAAUCCUCCUUGCUUUUCUCUAAUUUUAAAGGAUGCAGCCUUAAUUUUCAGUCAAUUUCUCCUUUCAUUACUGAUAAUGCAAAAAUUCUAUCAUUUUCGUUCUCUCCGUGCUACCAAUGGCUUGCAACUUGUAACAUUUAUGGCAAAAUUGGAAUAUGAGAUAUGAAAAAUCGGAAAAAAUUCAAAUUAUUUUCAAAUUUAAAUGUUCGUGCUAUUUCACUGUCAUAUUUACCAAACUUAAAAUUGAUAAUAGCAAAUUUAGACAAUAAAUCCAUUGCUCUUAUAAACACAGAAACUGCUGAACUUAAAAUUCUAUUUACUUCACAAAGUUCAAAUCAGAUAAAUUUUGUCAUUUCUCCCAAUAAAGAGCUAAUCGCUGUUUGGGAUGAUGGUGCAGACUCUUCUGAUAAUACAGUAGCUUCGAUAUGAAAUUUAAAAACCUUAGAAAGAGAAAGAUUAAAGGAUAUAUAUAAUAAUAAUAAGAGUUGCAAGCAUAAGAUAAUGGGAUUUUCACCUUGCAGUCAGUAUAUUAUAAGGAUUCCCCCCUCAUUUAUCCAAUUUUCUAGUCUUUUAUCAUUUAUCCAUUUUUCUAGUUUUUUUUAUAGGAAAAAAAAUUGUUUUAGGACCUCAUUUGUCCAAUUUUCUAGUCAAAAUUUUGAUAGAAAAAAAUAUUUUUCAGGACCUCAAUUGUCUCAUUUUCUAGUUUUUUUAAAAGCAAAAACUAAAAUUUAGGGCAUUCGAAAAAUCCAAAAAAGACUAGAAAAUGGGACAAACAUUUUUGACUAGAUUUUGGGACAAAUGAGGUCCUGAAAAUUUUUUUUAUCCUAUAAAAAAAAAAAAAUUAGAAAAUUGGACAAAUGAGGGGGGGAUCCUUAUAUUUAUCCAAUUACCUAGUCUCAUUUCAUCAUAUUUAUAAUGGCUGUAUAAAUAUAAAUAUAGGAUUAAUGCCUCAUAACACUGUAAGCGCAAUAGCACUUUGCCCUAUUGAUAGUUAUUCAAUAGCAGUAGGUUUUGUCGAUGGCUUCAUUCAAUUGUGAAAAAUAAAUUCAAACUGAGACGGCUGAAAAAAAUUUAAAAUUGCAAAAUGUGAUACCUCAAUUAAUGAAAUAGAAUUCACAAAUAAUGGAAAAUACUUGAUCUCGUUAACUCAAUCUGCGACAAUUUCUAUAUGAGAUCUAUUCGAGAAAGCCUUGGUUUGGGAAUUUCCGAAAAAAAGCAUUUAUGAUAAAUAUUUUGGCUUAAAGACCGUUGCUGAUGGAAUCGCAUGUGCUUCUGAUAAUUCUAUACUAAUAUGAAAAAUCGAAGGCAAAACUAAGAAUUUCGAAGGCCAUAAAAAAGCAGUUUCUAUAGUGAUAGCAUCGCCACGAGGAGAUUUAAUUGCUUCAGCAGGACGUGAGAACACGAUAAAACUAUGAGAUUUAAAGAGCAUGAAAUUAGUAUGAGAAUUUCACUCUUAUGAUAAAAAUACCACAUCCUUAGCUUUUUCUCAUUGCGGCAGGUUUCUUGCCUCCGCGUUUGUUAAUUUUCAAAUAUGAGACGUUGACAGUCUGCAAGAGCGUAACCUUCUUAAGCUAUAUCUAAAGCCAGUCCAUUCAAUAUCAUUUUCACACGAUGAUAGUUCAUUGAUAGCUGGAGGCUCAAGUCGAUGAAUAUAUAUUAUAGAUUGCAAAAAUCAGGAAAUCAAACAUAAACUAUCAGGUGGGAAGCAAGAAGUAAAAUCAAUAGCAGUUUCAAAAUAUGGAAAAUAUAUUGCAGUUGGAAAAUACUUCUAUUAUAUUGAGCUUUGGUAUAAGGAAAAUGAGGAAUGGAAAAAUAAACGCUUGAAAGGAUACACAAAAUACAUAUGCUCAGUAACUUUUUCUAAUUGUGAAAAAUUUUUGCUGUCCGGAUGCUCAAAUGGAACUACUUAUAUUUGGGAUGUUGAAGAGGGGGCUGCUGUAAAGACACUUAUAAAUGGUGACGCUCCUAAUUUUUUUGUGACCUUUUCACCAUGUGAGAAAUUCAUUGUUUGCUGUGUGGAAAACGGAAAAAUAAUUUUCUGAAAUAAAGAUUUAGGACAAAUAGAGCGCAAAAUUUUGGGCCAUGAUGGUUUAGUUACAUCAGCUUGCUUUUCAGUUUGUGGGGAGUUUUUAUUUACGAGUGGUAAGGAUGGAUCAAUUAAAAAAUGAAACGUAAAGUCUUUUUUGAAUAGAAGAGAUAGCUUAAGCCAAUGCAACAGUAGUGGAGGUAUAGAAUUGGUUUGGUCAUCAGUAAAUGGGAUAUUGGCUCUUCAUGCGUCUAGUAUUAAAAUGAAUGAUUCAUCAUAA